UUUACGAGUAAGUUCGGGGUUUCCGGGGACCUCAAAGGAGUUUCUUGGGACGCUAGUUUGUCCGUUUGAUCCUUGUUCUGGAGUUCCUAGCCAUUCAUUCUUUCCCUGUGACGAAAGACCACUUUGGGUCUUCAAGGAGACCUUACGUUCUGUGGUCAGCCUUGGAGAGCUGUUUUUGUCAGAUUCGCGAGGUUCCACAGCCUCUCAUCCCGUGUCCGGGACUAAGAGACACAAGGAAGAGAACUGAUCCAGAAAGUCAGGGUGAACAGAAAUCCGGGGAAACCGACUGGGAUUUGCCUUUUUUUAUUAUUAUGCAAUAUCCCUUGGAGACCUCUGGAAAGGGCGAUGAAAUGAUUUAGUCUAGAAGCCCAGAACAUGUCUCCUGGUUGAAAAGGGACUGAAGGUGAAAGGAUGGCUGGCUGCAGGAGGCUGAGGAGGGCCUCCUGACGGCCCGCGGGGCCGCAAAGUCUGAGGGGACAGACUUUUUUUUCAGCGACCGAGUGGAGCAGUCAAAGGGGCAAGUGGAGGACCGCACAAUGCUUCAGGAUUCUCAGUAUUGAAGACGGACGGGGUCAGAUGGGGGUGAGGGGUGCUCAGUGAGACCCUUAGGAUAUUCUCUUCAGCCCACAUGUUCCUCCCCUACCUUCAACUUUGCAAGAGCCCUUCCUAUGGAGACAGUCGCAAUCCUUGCAUGCACUUAACCCUUUCUUCUGCCUUUUGUUUUAAGAUUUAUUUGGGGGUGGGGUGAACAGAGGGAGAGAAUCCCCAGGUUUCCUGCUGAGCACGGAGGCUGCAAGCCUAGAUCCCAGGACCCAUGAGAUCACCAUCCCAGCUCAGACCAAGAAUCCCACGCUCAAUGACUGAGCCACCCAGGAGCCCCUAAACCUUUCCUCUACUUUAUGCUUCUAAUAGGACUGGAGGGCAAGAGGAGAAUCCUGCCCUUGAAAUCUGGAAUACAUCUAUAAAGAAGAACUUUCUCACGUUUAUGUGGGUUACCUUGAGGUACAUCUAUUCUAGAAAGGGUAACCAUAAGAAAUGAAUUUUAAUGUCUGGAAUAUCAAAGAAAUGCUCAGUAUUCCUUCUGGCUCUGGGACCACUAAGUCAUCUAGCUGGAAUAAUAAUCAGACUGAUCACUCUAGUCUCAGUGAUUCUCAGUUCCUCUUUGGAUCACAGUUCUGUCCAGAAAGUUCAGAGACUCUGUCAGCACCCUUGGACUUUGGUGUCCACUUGAGACAUCCAAAACAGUCACAACCGAAUUCUCUGGACAGUGAACCUAGUAUUUUCACAAAGUACCAGGCAAAACCCCAGCUGUUUGGAGGAGAUACACAAGAUAGAGGUUUAUUUCCUCUUCCUUUGUCAGUUGGAAAAUCAAAAGGCCUUUUGGAACAGUUUGAAGAGAAAAAGAAAAGUGCAAAAGACAAAUGUGACAGUGAGACUCUAUACAACUUCAUUUCCCAUAUCAGAGAAAGCAUUCACAGGACAUCUGUGGAAAAAUCUGAGGAACAUCUCAGUUCAAGAAGCCAAACAAUUUUGGAUUGUUUGGAGACUGUGACUAAGACAUUGCAGGAGACUGUACAGGCCCAUAGUGAUCUGGUGUUGGAAACAGUGCAUGACAAAGGAAACAUGGAGCAGGUCAUCUCUGAGAUACAGAAGAGAUUUGAAGCUAGACAAGCAGAAUUUAUAGAAAUGAAAUCUGACCUGAAGCACCUUGAAGUUUUAGUUGCCCAGCAGAGUAAGGACUUCCAGCAGCUGUGUGAGCAGCUAGGCCAGCUGAAUGUGGCCAGUGUCCUAGCAGAGCUGAAGACAUUGAUUUCAGUCCCUUGGGUACCGGGGCAUGUGAAAGACAGUACUUCCCAGACCUCACCACCUCUGGCCCAGAGUCUCAAUUUCACCAGGCACGACAGAUAUGCUUCUGAAGAACCAGUUAUGUGGCAGGCUCAGGCCCUCCCUGGUAUAUGGAAUCUGAAUAUGGGCUCCCCGCAGCCUGUAGAGUUUCGUGUCCAAAGUGAGGGAGCAAAAAGUGAUACUCUCCAAGAAGAGACUGCACUGAUGGCAGCUGGAACCAGCAAAAGAAACAGGCAAGGAAAGGACAAGGCAGUGCAGACCAACUGCGAGAACCGGACUCUGACUAAAACCAGUUCUGAGUACCAUGGCUCUGGUUUCCCAGGCUGCAAAGUUCCUGGUGAUAGGGACUGGGUUUCCCAAAGAGCCUCAAGGCUUAUACCCCUGGACUUAAACAACUUUGAAACCUGCAUUAAGAACACCUGCCAAAAAUGUCAAGGUGUGUUUCCGUGUGACCCUUGUGAACAAAAGUUGAGGGCUGCACAGAAACGCAAAACUGUGGAAAGAGGGGGGAAAGGCAAGAAACAGCAGCCCAGGAAAUCCCACAGAGGCAGGCUCCUAGCCAGGAAACAAGAACAAACCCCUAGCAGAAACUGUGCUGUCACUUCUAAAUAUCCUCAGCCUCCAGUUUCUGGCCCACAAAGGUCCCCCCUGGAGCAGCAGGAGCCCCUUGCUCAGCCACUGCAUUUGUGGGACCCCAGGAGCCCCACAAAGCUAGUCAGCCCUGUUCUGGCAGGAACAGUCAUGCCCGGUAAGACAAUGAGAGCAGCGCAAAGGAGUAUCUUACAGCUCAGUGGGUGUUCUUCCCUAGACAACAGCCUGCUCUCUAACAGUUUCCACGGGGACCACCAUAUGAGUUGGUUCAGUGACCUCAACCUUGGAAGUUCAGAGCGCCCUCUGAGCAAGGAGCCAGGGAAGAAUAUGCUCUACGAUCUGGGUUUUGAUAGCAGUGAUGAUGGCUUCUGACCAGCCCACAUAAUGACUUCAGUUGAUAGUUUAUUGGUCUCAGCUGGAAAGACAAAUUAUAGCACACUGGGGCUGGCUAGUGGCAGAAAGUCCCUGGAGCCUGACAAGCCCUCAGGCUCAGAGGCCCUGCUGGGGGGAGGGGGGGUCAGUGCAGGAUGGGUGCAAGGCCAGGGGAGCAAAUCUGGCAUUCUAGAUACCAGCUGCUACCCAUGGCAAGUUUAAGAGAUAAGUGCAUCCUUAUUUAUUGAAAUGAAGUGUGUGAAGACAGUGGUGAUGAGCUGGAGCAGCAGCCUGGGUGUAGGGCAUCAGGUGGAAGGUGCUGUUUUUGAUGAAAGGAGGGCUGUCUAUUGAGUGGCAGAAGGGCUCUCACAGAACUGUUGCUGUGGCAGCAUGACUCCCAAACACAACAUUUUUGGUCUUCACAGUACUUCCUACAUGUAAGUGAUACCUUUCCAGGCCUCAGUAUAUUUUUAUUAUGAUUUUUAUUCAGUUUUACUGUCAGAGUGCUUGCAUUUUUUGAUCAGUGGAAGUAUUACAGGAUACACUAAGUCUACCUUAUUGUGAACAGAGAAAUAGAGAAUGUUAAGCUGCCAAUGAAAAAGAGGUGACAUGGACCCAGCAGAUGCCCAGAGUGGCGCUGUCUACAAGCUGCACAAUUCUGCCCUUCUUCCUGUUUUUCCCCAUCCUAUUUUCAAUCACUCUUCAAGCUAAUGAGAGCAUCUAAGGGUCCAGUAAUAUUUCUGGAGAGCAAUGGGCUUAUUAUGAGACUUUGGCUUUCUAUCUUGCAGUUUUGAGUUUUUGUUAUAUAUUUCUUUUGUAACAAAAAAUAAAAUAUAUGAAACAUU